UCUAUCUACCCAUACCAUAAGAGCAUCCUAUGUGUCAUGCUGUGAGGUUAGAUCCCACAGUCUCGGGCUGUGCAGAGAGUCGUGAUGUGAUUGGCUGAGGAGCGCUCCAGUACUGUGUGAAGCAGAGGAUGCCAGAGUGCUCAGCCAGUGCAUGGACGGAUGCAAAGAGGGGGGACGACGGCGAGACCCUCCCCACGUUAUUAUUAUGAUCAUAACUCUUAUUAUGAUUACAGUGAUGCUUUAACAGGUCGGACUGGAAACUUUUGCAGGGCCGUUUUCCUGUGGGCUGAUGCGUGUCUGCGCACCUCGCAGUAAGUUCCAGUGAGAUGUUUUGGCUGCACAGUGUGAAACCCCGUCUCUCCGCCACUUCCAGCCGCGCGUCCGCUCACAGCCAGGAGUGACAUGGGCUCCAAGCUCACCAGGCAGAGGAGCCUCGAUCUGGAGAGCAGAUGGUCCAAGAGGAGGCGACAGAGGAAUGACACGCCGGGAGAGGGGGACCGGAGUGGCGGGGGGGACUUCUUGUUCACCUCGCUGAUGCUCAGGUCCGACAAGCUGCCAGGCAUGAUGCGCAGGAGCAGCCGCAGCCCGUACGUGCGGCGCGUGGCGUGGAUCCGGGAGAUCCAGAGGCUGCUCCGGGAGCAGAGGAUGGAGCAGGCGACCGAAGUGCUCCGGCUGCUGAGGAAGGACCUUGGCCUCCAGGGGACAUCGCUCAACGACAUCUUGUAUAAGAACGCAGCCUUUCUCAACCUGGUGGACCCCAUUUCUCACGAGCUGCUGCUCAGUCUGGCUCGGGACCUGCAGUGUCCCAAAAGGGAGAAAGAAUCCCUGAAGUCGACCAACAAGAUCUGCCGCCAGCUGCUGUACCACCUGACCCCUCACUCCAAGUGGACGAGACAGAGCGUGCCCAGGAGGAAGUCUCAGGCGUGUCUGAAGACGACGCUGAAGAAGAAAGUGUCGGGCGAUGUGGUCAACCUGUCCGGCAUCCCGCUGUCCGGCCGGGACGUCCACCGCGUGGCCUUCUACCUGCAGAGCGGCAGCGACGCGGUGACGGCCGUGGACCUCAGCUUCACCGAGCUCCAGGACGAGAGCUUACGGCUGCUGCUGCCUCACCUCGGCGGCCUGCCCAAACUCACCAUACUAGCCGUCAAUGGCAACCGUCUGACGGUGGCCAUCCUGAAGGAGCUGACCGACACGGUGAAAGAUCCCAAGAAGUUCCCGUGCCUGGCCUGGAUCGACCUGGGCAACAAUGUGGAUAUCUUCACCGUGCCGCAGCCGCUGCUCGUGGCCCUGCGGCGACGCUUCGGCCUGCGCAGCAGCCUCCCCACCAUCUACGAGUACAAUGAGGCGCAGCCAUUCGGUCGCUACAACCCCAACAUGGAGACCUCGGUGGAGGAGCCCAGCCUGUGCGAGGAGGGCGAGGCGGAGGAGGACGACAGGGAGGAGGAGGUGGACAGGCUGGAGCUGCGGGCCUGGGACUUUGGUGCAGAAAACGUGUCCAAAACUGUCCCGCUGCACUUCUGUGGGAGGUGAUCGCACAGAGCCGCUUCCUUUCAGACUGACUGGUAUCCCUCUGUGUAGCCUCCUGUGUGGGCUGGUGCCAACGCGGCACAACAUGAACCCAGUUUCUGAUAAUAACUUGUUGUGUUUCCCUCCGGAUGCUCUGACGUCCAGCGAUGUGACGCAGACCGUUUGUACAAACACAUCGAUUCCACCUCCAUUUGUCCAGGAGGAGUCGGACUGAGCUGAACAGACUUUCUGUUUGUCGUCUUUUGUUUUUGCAGAAGCUUCCCAUUAUCUGUCACUGUCCACUGAAGCAGCUGGGGGUUAAGUGCCUUGCACAAGGGCAGAAUGGCAGUGGGUGUUAAAGAUUUUGGGGGGAUUAUUACUAAUUCACAUUUCUACCCGAUCCUUCUUCUCUAACCACUUUGCUCCUGCUGCCCCUUUAAUGUGAAAAGUCAGAAUAAAUCAAAGCAACUAAAAAUCCCUCACUUAAGAAAAUCAAUCAGUUCAUUUUCUGCUCAUGUUUUUUUGCUUUCGACAAACAGUGUCUGAACAUGAACCUCAAUCAGUGAGAUUAUGUUCACAUACAAAUAUUCACCUUUUCCUGUUGGUACAAAGAAUUUACUAAAGAAUUAUUUUUGAAUAUAAAUAGCAACUCAUGGUAAAUAAAUGAAGCGUCCUGAACACAUCUUAAUUUUAAAUCCAGAGCACCUCUGCCUCAGAACACGUGGAUCCUUUGAUGUCUUGGCCUGACCCAUGCAGACGACACAGACAGUGUUCGGUCGCGAGCUGCUGAGGAACCGAGCUCCGCCUCCAGCAGGUCUCAUUAGACCCGCUCAGUCGCAGAUGGCGAGCCACAUAUCUACCCCCCCCC